AUGGCUUCAAUAGACAGCCCCAAAAUGGACUUUACAACAUUCCACAACACGAUUGAUGGCAAGCUUACAACCACAUCGACCACACGCCACGGAAUCAACCCGGCCAAUAAACAGCCACUCGCUGAGGUUCCCGUUUCAACGCAGGCAGAUGUCGAUAAUGCAGUUGCUGCUGCACAAGCUGCCUUCAAGAAAUGGUCUAAGACUUCCUUUGAAGAGCGUAGGACGGCUCUCCAUGCGUUUGCCGAAGGGUUGGACUCGUACAAGGAAGGGUUUGCCGACCUUUUGACCACCGAGCAAGGAAAGCCUCUAUUCCAAGCUAAUAUCGAGAUCAAUAUGGCUGUGAACUUUGUCAAAGUUCUCUCCACGUUGGAACUGCCAGAAGAGGUCCUUGAAGACACAGAGGAACGCAAGAUUCUCGGCCGCUACACCCCGUUGGGUGUCGUUGGUGGGAUUAUCCCAUGGAAUAGUCCAAUUCUCCUAGCCUGUGGAAAGAUGGCAUGUGCUAUCUAUACGGGUAACUCGAUUAUAAUUAAACCAUCGCCAUUCACCCCUUACUGCGACCUGAAAUUAGGGGAGCUUGGGAUACAGUAUUUCCCACCUGGGGUCUUCCAGGUUCUUAGUGGUGGGGAUGACCUCGGUCCUAUGAUGACAAUUCAUCCAGGGUUCGAUAAGAUCAGCUUUACCGGGUCGAGUGAGACCGGAAAGAGGGUCAUGGAGAGUUGUGCAAAGACGCUGAAACGAGUAACACUCGAAUUAGGUGGAAACGACGCGGCGAUUGUGUGUGAAGAUGUUGAUAUUGAUGCAAUUAUUCCAAAGGUUGCGAUAACAUCCUUCCUAUGUUCCAGCCAGAUCUGCAUGAUGAUUAAACGUCUGUAUGUUCAUGAGAGGAUCUACGAUCGAUUCCGUGACGCCCUAGUCAAGCAUACUAAGGCGCUAAAAUCCGGCGAGGGUCACAUACCUGACGUAUUCUUCGGUCCGGUUCAAAAUAGUAUGCAGUAUGAGAAGGUCAAAUCACUUAUUGAAGCCAUUAACAAGGAGGGGGUCAAGCCCGCUCUUGGUGGAAAUACCGAAGAAUCAGAGGGUUACUUUAUCACACCUACUAUUAUCGAUAACCCCCCUGAGACAUCACGCAUUGUGACUGAGGAGCCCUUUGGCCCUGUCCUUCCUCUUCUUAAGUGGUCCGAUGAGGAUGAUGUUAUUGCUCGCGCAAAUAAUACCAAGAUGGGCCUCGGAGCCUCUGUCUGGACCAAGGAUCUAGCCCGUGCUGAGAGAAUAGCUAAGCAGCUAGAAGCUGGGUGUGUAUGGGUUAACUCUCAUUUUGACGUUGCCCCUAAUGUUCCCGUUAGUGGACAUAAAUGGAGUGGUAUUGGAUCCGAGUUUGGCAUUAGCGGAUUGAAGACUUAUUGUAACCUGCAAUCCCUCUGGUUAUCGAAGAAGUAG